CCACACUUUACAUAGACGAGUAAAGAAGUUAAGAGAUCAUAUUAUCUAAUUUAUAUGGAAGGCUAUGGGUGUAUGUACAUACACACGUACAUCGCUUGCAACAGUGAUGAAUCGCCGAAAUUUUAUUUAUAGAUCAUAUUCAUGCCUACUUUUGGUUAUCUGCGUAUUGAAUUUUAUUUAUAACUGUGAGGCACAUGGAAGACUUAUAGAACCUCCGAGCAGAGCGUCGGCUUGGAGAUAUGGUUUUCAAACUCCGCCGGACUAUAAUGACCACGAGCUUUAUUGUGGUGGAUUCACGCGACAAUGGAAAAAAAAUGGUGGCAAAUGUGGAGAGUGUGGUGAUGCCUGGGAUUUACCUGCGCCGCGACCACAUGAAAAUGGUGGGCAAUGGGGUCAAGGAGUUGUAGUCCGCACUUAUUUGCCUGGGACUGAAAUGACAAUUCGCGUGGAGCUGACUGCCAGUCACAUGGGAUAUUUUGAAUUUAGACUAUGCCCAACUCCAAGUGGUAAACAAGCAUGCCUUGACGAACACGUUUUACCUAUAAUGAGCGGCUCUCCCUCGCAACCAGGUGCAAAUGAUUUAGAUACUCGAUUCUACCCACGCAAUGGCAGUCGGAUUUAUGAAAUGAAAGCUCGUUUACCAGAUAUGUUAUGCAACCAAUGUGUGCUUCAGUGGCGUUAUGUAGCUGGUAAUAAUUGGGGCAUGUGCGAUGACGGUAACGGCGCUGUUGGCUGCGGACCCCAAGAGGAGUUCCGGUCGUGUUCGGAUAUCGCCUUAACAACCGAAGCUCGUCUGCCUAUUCGCCCUAUGCGGCCCACUCAACGCAUUUCUACCACAACUAUAAGUACAAGUACCAAGUCUGAUUACGUGGAAGUUAAUGAGAAUAUUGAAGAUAUGAGCUUGAUAAUUUGCUUGAUUAGCCUACUGUUAUUACUACUGUUCGCUGGUAUUGGAUUAUUACUUUACGUUAAAUCAAACCCUGCUAAGCUCAGCGCCUUAAGGAUCUUAGUGUUGCAGAAAUGUCGUAAAAAGACACUUAAUUCGCCUUUAGUAAAUACAGCACAUAAUAAUAAAUCUUUUAAGCCUUUUGUUACCAUUUAUGAUAUUGAAAAAAGUACUGUCGAUAAUGUUAGUCCGUUGACUGAUUUUCCCACAGUCCCACCCGUUCCUCCUCCCAGAACUAAGCGCGAUUCUCGUACUAGGGAAGUGUCUAAACUAGAUCGUUGAAAUUCUUAGUAUUCUUUCUUUCAACGAAAGCUGAAAAUAAUUGUAAGGCGUUUUUACUCGAACAAAUUUUUUUUAUGUUACUUUACGCAUAUAUUAUACAAAAGUUAAAAUAAUGAUUAUGAAAGUGUUCAUUUACAACUGUAUUGCUUAGAAUAGAGGAGGGCAAGCCCUUGCUCUAAUCCGACCUCUGGUUUAGAAAUAAGUAAAAUAUAUAUUUAUCUAUGU